AGCUUGGUGCUUAGCAGAUGCAUUAAAUCAACUUCAGAGCAACACAAAAUUUCGUUCGGUCUACAAUCGCUGAGAUCAGUAACAUCAUCACAGAAAUGGCUAAAACAGAAGGACAGAUCAAACGUAAACGUAAAAGUGCCGGACACACAUCAACCUCUCGCGCUUCGGCCGCCAAAAGCAAGGAGCUAAGUAUAUUAUACCAAAAUUACUUGAAAUGGAAAAGUAAUUUCGAAAAGUAUGUGGCGCCGUCCACAUCACGCUCUAUAUCACCACAAACCAACGACAUGAAUUUGAAAGGUGUAAUUGCUGGUCGGUCGACACCGCAUCGAAAAGAAAUCAGUCGUUUUCAUACAUCUAAACCAUGGGACGGUUGUAAAACCGUAAAACAGGAAUACAUCGAAGAAAGGGACUCAGAUGACCUGCAACACUUCAACGAAAAAAGUGACUCGGAUGAAUCAGAACGCCCCGACGAAGAAAAUGAUUCAUACAACUCGGAAGAUUUGUUUAUAGAAGGAAGUGACCCAGAUGAGUCCGAAGAAUCUUUCGAAGAAAUUGAUUCCGAUGACUCGGAGCACUACACAACCGCAUCGGAGAGUGGCGAGUACAGUGUAGAUUGCUUUAAUGUAAAUACAUUUGGCGAUAUUUCAUAUGACUGUGAAGAUGCACAUUAUGUGACAGCGGACAAUUUUGAAUACAUUAAAAGUCAUGACAGCAACUCAUCCGACGCCAGUGAAGAACCAACAGAUUCCAGUGAAUCAAAGAUCAAUUUAAGCACCUACAGCAUCAUUUGUGACGACGAAAUAACAGUGUUAAGUGGUGUAAGUGCUUCCAAGAUAAUUUUAUCUACAGAAGAUCAGCUGAGUUCUGAAAGUGAAGAUUGGAACAUAAGCAAUGAUCAACACUCCAACGAUGAAUGUGAUUUAAAUGAAUUGGAACACCCCGUCGAAGAAGAAGACAAGUCGGAGCACUCCAAAGAAGAAAAUAACUCGCAUGACACGAAACACUUCAAAGAAGGAAAUGACUUAGAUGAAUCGGAGCACUACAACGAAAAAAAUUUCUUAAAUAGCCUGCAACAAUCCAAAGAAGAAAAUAACGUCGAUGACUCAAAACACUUAAUCGAAGGAAACAGCUCGGAGCACUUCAUCGAACAAAAUGAUUCUCAUGACUCGGAAGAAUCGUCUAUCGAAGGAAGUGAUUCAGAUGAGACCGAGCAAUGUAUGGAAGAAAAUGAGUCACACGAGUUGGAACAAUCUAUUAAAGCAGAUGAUUCAAAUGAUUCCAAACACGUCAUCGCAGAAAAUGACUCGAAGCACUCCAUCGAAGGAAAUCAUUCACAUGACUCGGAAGAGGCAUCCAUUGAAGGAAGUGAUUCAAAUGAGGCCGAGCACUCCAUCGAAGGAAAUGAUUCACAUGAUUGGGAAGAGUCGUCUAUCGAAGGAAGUGAUUCAGAUGAGGCCGAACAAAUUAUCGAAGAAAAUGAGUCACACGAGUUGGAACAAUCUAUUAAAGAAGAAGAUGCGGAUGACUCACAACACGUCUUCGCAGAAAACGACUCGGAGCACUCCAUCCAAGGAAACCAUUCACAUGAUUCGGAAGAGGCGCCCAUUGAAGGAAGUGAUUCAGAUGAGGCCGAGCAAUCUAUGGAAGAAAAUGAUUCACAUGAUUCGGAAGAGUCGUCUAUCGAAGGAAGUGAUUCAGAUGAGGCCGAACAAUCUAUCGAAGAAAAUGAGUCACACGAGUUGGAACAAUCUAUUACAGAAGAAGAUUCGGAUGACUCACAACACGCCUUCGCAGAAAACGACUCGGAGCACUCCAUCGAAGGAAAUCAUUUACAUGAUUCGGAAGAGGCGCCCAUUGAAGGAAGUGAUUCAGAUGACGCCGAGCAAUCUAUGGAAGAAAAUGAUUCACAUGAUUCGGAAGAGUCCUCUAUCGAAGGAAGUGAUUCAGAUGAGGCCGAACAAUCUAUCGAAGAAAAGGAGUCACACGAGUUGGAACAAUCUAUUAAAGAAGAUGAUUCGGAUGACUCACAACACGUCUUCGCAGAAAACGACUCGGAGCACUCCAUCGAAGGAAAUCAUUUACAUGAUUCGGAAGAGGCGUCCAUUGAAGGAAGUGAUUCAGAAGAAGGUGACUUGGAACAGUCUAUUGAAGAAAGUGGUUCUAAUGACUCAGAACAUUCUAUGGAAGAAAAUGAAUCGCAUGAUUCGAAAGAGUCGCCCCUCAAAGAAAGUGACUUGGAACAGUCUAUCGAAGAAAAUGACCCAUAUGAGUCCGAAGUAUCUAUCGAAGAAAGUGAUUCUGAUGACUCUGAACAAUACACAACCGCAUCGGAGAAUGGCGACUACGGUGUAGAUUGCUUUAAUGCAAAUACAUUUUCCAAUAUAUCAUACGAUUGUAAAGGUGCACAUAAUAUUACAGGGGAAAAUUUUGAGUACAUUAAAAAUCAAGAAAACAACUCAUCAGAUCCCAGUGAAGAAUCAACAGAUCCCAGUCAAUCAAAGCCCAAUUUGAACACCCCACCUGAAGUAACAGUCCGAGGUGACUUAAGUGCUUCGAAGAUAACUUCAUCAGAAGAUCAGCUGAGUUCGGAUAGUGAAGAUGACACCUCUACCGACUUGGAGGAUAAUUGGGCCAAUAUUAGCAGUGAUCGACAGUUGUUUCACUUAACCGACAACUUUUAUGAUAGUGAUAUGGUCUUGAAGAUUUGCUUACUGGACAAGCCGUUGUUUGAGAAAGAUGUUGAGACGCUUUUGCAGAAAUAUACAGGAAACCCUUCCGACAAGUCUUCAGAGGAAGAUUCCGAGAAAUUUACAGAAAACACUUCCGAGAGGCGUUCAGAAAAAUCUUUUGAGAAGUCUUCAGAUAAACCUUCCGCGAAAUUUACAGAAAACACUCCCGAGAAGACAUCAGCGAAGUCUGGUGAGCAGCCAUCCCACAAUUAUUCAGAGAAUCCUUCAGAAACGCUCUCAGAGAAACCUUCGGAGAAGCUUGUGGAGACACCUUCAGAGGAGGACAGUGACCUUAAUGAAUCUUUCACAGGUUUAGAAAAUCUCUACAAGAAAUCAGUAAAACAUUUAUUUUUCUUGUAAAGUCCUUAUUUGUUAAACAAAUUAUUUAUAAAAUAUUAUAAUCUAAGCAUAA